UUAUCAUCAAGAGGAAGAGGAGCUUUAAAUCUCCCCUACCUUAAAUUCUCUCGAAGCCUCUCUAAUUCAAAUCUAACUAUUCUUUUAAAUAACAUUUCCGGUUGUGACGCAUUAUUUGCGUCGUUAGUGAUGUCUCACUAUGACUCCACUUCCCAUGAUCCCCCGCCGGCGCCGAGCCGUAGUAUUUGAGCGGAGGAGAAGAAGGAGAGGGAGAGAGAGAGAAGAGCUGGACACGGACACGCAUAGACACACGGACAGGGUUUUUUGACUUCACAAGUUCUCUGAGGAUAUUCCGAUAUUUUCCGAAGUUUUUUCCAGGGUCUGCCUGCUGUUUGGCGUGCCGGGAUCAUAGGUCACGGCUCCAUGUUGUCUGGUAGAAGAUGAAACAACAUGACUUUGGAAGGAGCGAGUCAGGAUUACUGCAGACCCCCUGCAAUGCCCUGCUGAGGUCAGAGGUCAGCCAGAACCAGGUUGUCCUCCUGGGUUUGUGUGAGGACAAACCAGCUGGUUGCCACGAUGAAGACCUGUCGAGGGGUGGAGCUACAGAACAAAACAAUGACAGAGAGGAGGACAGGUGUGCUCACCCGAUUGACAACGCCGGUUUCUUCUCCUUCAUGACAUUUCAUUGGCUGACUCCUCUGGCACUGCAAGCUCGCAGAAAAGGGCAGCUCCUAUUGGAGGACAUCUGGUCUGUGGCGCCGAGAGAACGAUGCCGUGACAACAGCAUGAGGCUAAGGACCAUGUGGGAGGAGGAGCAGAGGUCCAAGGGAACCGAGGCCUCCCUGUGUUCGGUCAUCUGGACUUUCUGCCGGGCUCGUCUCCUCCUUUCCAUCCUGUGCCUCACCGUCACUCAGCUCGCUGGAUUUAGUGGCCCAGCAUUUGUGGUGAAGCGUCUCUUGGACUACAUCCAGCAAGAUGCAUUGGACCUGAGCUAUGGGCUCCUGUUGGUUUUUGGGCUCCUGACCACAGAGCUGAUGCGGUCCUGGUCUCUGGCUCUGACCUGGGCCCUGAACUACAGGACUGGGUGCAGACUGAGAGGAGCCAUCCUCAGCCUGGGCUUUGAGAAGAUCCUGCGGCUGCGCAGUGUCAGGGACAAGUCUGUGGGGCAGCUGAUCAACAUGUGCUCCAGUGAUGGUCAGCGGAUGUUUGACGCGGCAGCAGUGGGUAGUCUGUUAGCAGGUGGCCCCCUGCUAGCUGUACUCGGUGUAGCAUACAACCUGUACAUACUGGGUCCAACAUCUCUGCUGGGAUCUUCUGUCUUCAUCCUCUUUUACCCCACCAUGAUGUUCAGCUCCAGAAUGACCGCCUACUUCAGGAGGAAGGGUGUGACUAUCACGGAUAGACGAGUGCAGAAGAUGAAUGAGAUCCUCAGCUAUAUCAAGUUCAUCAAGAUGUACGCCUGGGUCAAAGCCUUCUCACAGAAUGUUCAAAGGAUCCGGGAUGAGGAGCGCAGGUUGCUGGAGCUCACUGGUUAUUUCCAGAGCAUCACAGUGGGCGUGGCUCCAAUUGUUGUCGUCAUUGCCAGCGUGGUGACGUUCUCCACUCACAUGGUGCUAGGAUACGACCUUACAGCCACUCAGGCCUUCACUGUAGUCACGGUGUUCAACGCCAUGACCUUUGCCCUGAAAGUGACGCCAUUCUCUGUCAAGUCGCUAUCGGAGGGCUCAGUUGCCAUGGAGAGAUUCAAGAGUCUCUUCCUGUUGCCGGAGAUUGACAGCAUCCGAGCGUUGCCUAGUGAUCGUCAGGUUGCCGUGGAGAUGUGUGGUGCCUCUCUGGGAUGGGAGGGGGUGGGGCAUAGCGCCCAGCCCAGUCCGUGUGUCCAAACAGCUAGCCGAUAUCGACAGAGAGAAAAGUGCAGAGACUCAGGUAUCCUCCAGGAAGAGGAGGCGCCGGAGGAGGUGACCGGCUCCCUGUUGGGAGGUGGAGGUGCAGACUCAAGUCCUGAGGAGGAAGAUGGGGACGAGGAGGACACCUGUCCUCCCCUCCUGGCAGUCCCCCGUACCUCUGUGCGCCCUCAGAGCACCCUGCACUGCAUUACUCUGAGCGUCCAGCAGGGACAGUUGCUUGGUGUCUGCGGCUGCGUUGGCAGUGGGAAAACCUCCCUGAUCUCAGCCAUCUUAGGACAGAUGACGGUGCUGGAGGGCAGCGUGGCCGUCAGAGGAAGGAUGGCCUACGUAGCUCAGCAGGCCUGGAUUCUGAACGCGACACUGAGAGACAACAUCCUGUUUGGACAGGAGUACCAGGAGGACAGGUAUCAGUCUGUCCUCAGUGCCUGCUGCCUCAGACCGGACCUGGCUCUGCUGCCCAACGCUGACCUCACACAGAUCGGUGACCGCGGCGCCAACCUGAGUGGUGGCCAGCGGCAGCGGAUUAGUUUGGCCCGUGCCCUCUACAGUGACCGGGACGUGUAUAUUCUAGAUGACCCACUGAGCGCUCUGGACGCCCACGUGGCCAAUCACAUCUUCCGCACUGCAAUCAAGAAGCAGCUUCACAACAAGACUGUCAUCUUCGUCACCCAUCAGCUGCAGUACAUGGGGGACUGUGAUGACAUCAUUCUGAUGAAGGAGGGGAGCAUAGUGGAGCAAGGUAGCCAUGACAACUUGAUGAAACUGAAUGGAGACUACGCAGCGAUGUUCAACCACUUCCAGCUGGGGGAACCGCCCGUCAUAGAGGUUCCCAGCAGGAAGCAGGGUGGCUCUCAGAGGAAACCAGCCGACAGCAAACCAGGAUCAGUGAAGAAGAGCUCGCCGGUCAUCAAAGACAACGGUGAUGACCAGCAGUAUGGUGGCAUGUCCUGGCCCGUGUUCCGCGUCUACAUGGCGGCAUGCGGUGGCUCCACCCCCUGCCUGCUGAUCCUGGUUCUGUUUGUUCUCAACGUGGGAAGUGCGGCCUUCUGCCACUGGUGGCUCAGCUACUGGAUCAACCAGGGCAGUGGGAACACCACGGUAACCGUGGGCAACAGCUCAGUGAUGAGCAUCAGCAUGAAGGACAAUCCCAAGAUGCAGCAGUACGCCACCAUUUAUGCCUCUUCCAUGGGAGUCAUGCUGAUCUUCAAACUCAUCCGAGGAAUCGCCUUCGUCAAGGGAACUCUGAGAGCUUCCUCUAAGCUGCAUGACCAACUUUUCCACAAGAUCCUGCGCUGCCCCAUGAAGUUCUUUGACAUAACUCCUACAGGACAGAUCCUCAAUCGCUUCUCCAAGGACCUGGAUGAAGUCGACACCCGUCUGCCCUUCCAGGCAGAAAUGUUCAUCCAGAAUGUGAUCCUGGUCUUCUUCUGCCUGGGUGUCAUCAGCUGGGUUUUCCCAUGGUUCCUAGUGGCUGUUGGUCCACUGGUCGCGGUUUUUGCUGCUCUCCACAGCGUCUCCAAGGUCCUCAUCCGAGAGCUGAAGCGUUUGGACAACGUGACGAUGUCCCCCUUCAUGUCCCACAUCACAUCCAGCAUCCAGGGCCUGACGACUCUGCAGGCCUACGACAGGGGACAGGAUUUCCUCCACAGGUACCAGUUAUUACUAGACCAGAACCAGGCUCCGUUUUACCUGUUCAGCUGUGCCAUGCGCUGGUUGGCGGUUCGACUAGAUAUUAUCAGCGUGUCUCUGAUCAGCAUGACGGCCUUGAUGAUGGUCCUGAUGCACGGACAGAUCUCCCCCGCCUACGCUGGACUUGCCAUCUCCUACGCUGUCCAGUUAACAGGACUGUUCCAGUUCACGGUGCGGCUAGCCUCUGAGACCGAAGCUCGCUUCACCUCCGUGGAGAGAAUCCAUCACUACAUCCAGUCUCUGUCCCAGGAGGCCCCAGCCCGGGUUAAAGGUCGGUCUCCUCUGCCUGAUUGGCCCCAGCAGGGGGAGCUGGUGUUCAGGGAUGUGGAGAUGAGGUACCAAGAGAACCUUCCUCUGGUUCUGAACAAGAUCUCAUGCUCCAUUAGACCAAAGGAGAAAGUCGGCAUCAUCGGCAGAACUGGAUCAGGGAAAUCGUCUCUGGGCGUGGUGUUAUUCCGGCUCGCGGAGCGCUCCGGAGGCUCAAUCCUGAUUGACGGCAUUGACAUCAGUGACAUCGGAUUGGCUGAUCUGCGCAGCAAGCUGUCCAUCAUCCCGCAGGACCCGGUUCUGUUCAGUGGGACGGUCAGGUCCAAUCUGGAUCCUUUCAACCAGUACGGUGAAGAGAAGAUCUGGGACACUCUGGAGCGGAGUCAUAUGAAGGAGUCGGUGUCUCAGCUUCCUAUGAAGUUGGAGUCAGAGGUGGUGGAGAACGGGGAGAACUUCUCAAUGGGAGAGAGACAGCUGCUGUGUGUGGCUAGAGCUCUACUGAGACAGUGCAAGGUGCUGAUUCUGGAUGAGGCCACAGCAGCCAUGGAUGCUGAGACAGAUGCUCUGAUCCAGGAGACCAUCAGGAGCUCAUUUCAGGACUGCACCACACUGACCAUCGCUCAUCGCCUCCAUACGGUCCUGUCGUCUGACCGCAUCAUGGUGCUGAACCAGGGACAGGUAGUGGAAUUUGACGAGCCUGCCAGGCUGCUGGCCAAUGAGAACUCUCGGUUAUGUUCGAUGUUGGCGGCUGCUGAGAGCAAAGUGUCUGUUCGAGGAUGAUCGCGCCAUGGUCCCAGAAGAAGAUCCAGCGCCAGUCUGAGUCGACUCUCUGACGGCUUCCUGCUGCUUCAUAUGACGUCUCUGCUGUUCAGUUGUUCCUGUGAGCUGCUCUCAGAGACCUCAGUGCUUCUUGUGUUUUGUUUUAUUUAUUUUGACACCCUGAUGAUGUGGCACCAUGUUACUGGCUGCUCAUGGAGGUUGGAAGAGUCAAAGGACCAAGCCUGUGGUUUUCUUUUUGUAGAAAACAAUUUCUGAUGAUCUGAAGGUAUUAAUUUAAUCGUCUUAGUUUUAAUGUUGUUCAGAUGAUACCUGGAUUCUGUCAGAGGAGACAAAUGAAGAC